AUGGUGGGCUCAGGGAUCCCAGCGUUGGGCCUUUUCCUGCUGAUGCAGGGCUCAGUAGAUGGGAAUGGAAUCCAGGGAUUCUUCUAUCCAUGGAGCUGUGAGGGAGAUGUGUGGGAUAGGGAGAGCUGUGGGGGUCAGGCGGCCAUCGAAAACCCCAACCUCUGUCUGCGCCUUCGAUGCUGCUACCGAGAUGGUGUCUGCUACCACCAGCGUCCGGAUGAGAACAUGCGCAGGAAGCACAUGUGGGCCCUGGGCUGGACCUGUGGUGGCCUGCUCUUCCUGAUCCUCGUCAUCUGCCUGUUCUGGUGGGCCAAGCGCCGGGACAUGCUGCACCUCCCACCGUUUCUGAAGGGCAAAUGCGACCUGUCGAGGACAGUUUCGCUGCUGUCCAAGGACCGAGCGUCAAAUGAGAAGAAGUCAUCUGCAGGCAGCAUGCAAACCCCUGGGGAGGGCGGGGAGACAGAAGGGGAAGCGACGGAAGGGGGCGAGGAAACAGAGGAGGGGGGAGACUAG